UCAGCUAAAGCGGUACUACAAACCAGUUGUUCUGUGUUCGUUUCGUUGCUAGGUUUCAAGAGUUUUGUUUACUCAACACAAGUUUAAGUUGUUUUUGCCUGUCAAAAAUAAAACUAGAUUAGAUUUGCUUUGCUUAAACUUAAGUUUAUUAGUAAUUGGACGUCCGUGGUUAAGUGCUUUCAUGUUAUCUUAGUAGGCAUCGUUCGUAGAACUUUUUAACUGUUACAUAACCUGAGUAUUAAGAAUCAAGACUUUUUUAAGUGUUGCAACAUAAUUUAUAUCAUAAAGUUUUACGACCUCUAGCCGAAAGAAAAAUAAUUGAAUAUGGAAUCUGUCAAAACAGCUGUGGUAACUGGAAGUAAUAAAGGAAUAGGGUAUGCCAUACUUAAAGGGUUAUGUGAGAAGUUUCCUGGGGUCGUUUACCUGACAGCAAGAGAUGUAAACAGAGGACAGGAAGCUGUGGCUAAACUCAACAAGUUGGGAUUCAAACCUGAGUUUCAUCAAUUGGACAUCACCGACAAGAAAAGCAUUUCUACAUUUGCAGAGUUUAUGAAAAAGAAACAUGGUGGGAUAGAUGUGUUGGUUAACAAUGCUGCAAUAGCUUAUAAGAAUAAUGCCACCGAACCAUUCAGUGAGCAAGCCGAAGUGACUGUUAAGGUGAACUACUUUGCCCUACUAGAUGUUUGCGAGGCUUUGUUUCCGCUGCUCCGUCCCAACGCCAGAGUGGUCAACUUGUCCAGUUCGUGUGGACAUCUGAGUAAGAUUCCGUCGGAAACUCUCAGGAAGCGCUUCAGCGACCCGAACCUCACAGUAGAUCAGCUGAACGUACUCAUGAAGGAGUUUGUUAAGUCAGCAGCAGCGGGCACUAACGAGGACGAUGGCUGGGGCUGCAGUGCCUACAAUGUGUCCAAGGUUGGUGUCUCAGCCUUAACCAUCAUCCAACAACGUCAGUUUGACGCAGACUCUAGACCCGGCAUUGUGGUCAACUCUGUACAUCCAGGUUACGUUGACACGGACAUGACCAGUCACAAGGGACCUCUCACUAUUGAACAAGGUGCAGAUGCUCCUUUGUACCUUGCCUUGCUACCAGUCUCUCCAGAUGUGCCGAAGGGACAAUACGUCUGGUGUGAUAGAAAGGUCACCAAGUGGACAGGGAAUUAACAAUGGCCUCUGCAAACCUCAUGAAUGUUAUCUGCACUUUCAGUACAUAGUAUAUUAUACUGCAAUGUUACAUGUCAUUAUAGCAUUAAGAUAUGACAUGAAUGUAUAUAAAUUUAAAUUAUCACAUUUUGGUAUGAUUAUGAAUUGUAACUAAAUAACCUCCAAUAUUUAUUAAUUAAAAUAUUUUCAAAAAUAUUUAAACUUAAUUAAAUAUACUGUAAAUUAGUGAAGAAGAAAAACUAUUCAAAAAUAAUAUUCUAAAGUAAAACGGUGUCUAAGUAGGAAAUAUUUACUAUGUACUUUCAAAGGUGUGAAGUAGCAUUGUUGGAGGAAAAGCUGAAACAAAGGAAGUAAAAAUGUGCUUGUGGUGGAAGAUCUAGAUACAGAUGGAUGUGGGAGCCAAGUCUCCAGUGAUUAAAUAGUCAAAAGUCUAGAAAAUUAAUAUUCAUAACAUAUAGAAAUAUCGAUGAUAAAGAAACCUCAAGAAGAAGAUAAGUAAGUAUUCAACAGAAAUUGGUAAUAUCAAACAUAAACAUUAAAAAAAACAUCAUUCAUUUCCAACCACCAUCUUUUGUCCAUUGUGAACUGUAGUAACAACCCUAUUAAUUGAAUUCAAAGAUACUGUAUAGCCUAAAUUCAAGUGACUGUUUCAAGCUAAGAACUUCUAGCCUAUUUUUUUUUACUUUCAUUACUUAGUAGCCUGUAUUAGUGUAAAUUAAGUUAAUUAGCCUAUCAGAAUUUCAUACCCGGCACCAACCAACCCCUAAAUUAAGAUCAUUGCUCUCCAAAUGGUUAUCUAGCCCAUCUAUAAAACCUAGACCAAAAUAUAAGUUAAUUGAGAUUAUUGUAAAAUAAGUUAUAGAACCAAAAUAUAUCUUGUUACUUUAUUGGAAUUUUGAUUAUCUAUUUUUAAGUAAAUUUAUAUUUAUAAAAUCUAGUAAUAAAGUGGAGUAAGUUGCAAUACAAGUUUGCAAUGCUAAGUAAUUAUACAUGAAUGUGAUAUAUAUUUUAUUAAAUGUUAUGCAAG